AUGGCAGCUCCGGCAUUAGCAGACUCGAGCACCAUGUUGGCCGUCAUGGGACAAGGUGCUCUCGAUGAGCAAAGCUACUCUGUCUUUACCAACUGCGUGCAAGCUCUGACCUCCUCCUACAAAGCAUACACAGAUGAGGGUGUACUGGUAGUCGUCCCAUCCACCAGCCGUGCGAUUGACAUCAAUACCACGGACAAGGAGAUAUGGAACUGCAUCAAAUCCUCCUCAAGCACCGUCUCUCUCGCGAUUGAGUCAAGCGAGUUCCCUGACCAGGCCCACGAAGCAACCACUGAUGUCACGUCCAUUCAGCACACGGAUGCCGUGAACAUGGGCGUCACGGGGCAGAAAGUGGUUGAUUAUGUUCCUGCCAAAACGAACGCAUUGGAGACGCGAGACGUUGCUUACUAUGACGUCCAUCAUUCCGACGAAAAGACCUGCAAGGGUGACUUCAACCACUACUACCUUAACAGGUGUACCAGCUUCGCGAGUGCUUAUGACUCCACGUUGGCGGGCAACUUGGACGCGGCCAAGCACUUGAGUCUUGAGGCCUUUUAUUUCUGA